GCCCCAUCACAUGUAGGAUUUAUAUGCGUUUGUCUUUAUGAGUUUGUGUACAAGUAUAGCAUUCAUUUCAUUUUAUUGUACUCUCAUAUCUGUGGCAUUAAUAAAGGGGUUGGUGCAAGCUAGAUUUGACUCCGCAUUGAUUGUGCGUGCUGUCCCUUUGUUUCAUCGCAUCCAAACCAGCAUUAAAGACAUGUGACGUGCGGUUUGGACCCGGUGGCACCGCACAAAGGAAAUCUCCAUCUGCCGGUAAUGUGUUAAUAGCCUGUGUGUGUGUCGGGACGGGGCUUUACGCUGCGACGCACUGUGCGGUCGAUCGAUAGGAAAUUCGAUUGUGCGCGCAUCAUCAUCAUCAUCAUCACCACCACCAUCACCGCUCCUUCUCCCAGCAUCUCCUCUCCUUUCUAUCCACAUAACAGCCUCCUGUCCUGACCACCACCUCCCUUUGCCUUCGUGAUGACCUCCAUGCAGUCGAGUUGACCGGUGCCUGGUUGUUGUUGUUUUUUCUUGGCCAGCUGUGGCUGCGCUUCUCCUCUGCUGCUGUGGAGGGUAAAGGGAUAAUACCUGAGCUGCAUCGGGAUCACUGCGGAGUGUUUUCGGUCACGGCGCGUUCAUACGGCUAUCAUGGCGAAAACAGUCCCAUCAUCCAGCGUUAUAACAGGUGAAAAGAUGGCAGCACCAACCUUCACUCUACUUCCUGACAAGAGAUCUCCGACAAAUGGUCAUAGCUCUCCGGCCAGAAAUGGAAAAACUAUUGUGGAGAACUACAUGAAGACGGAUGACAGGAUGCGAUUAGCCAAAGAGAGACGUGAGGAGAGGGAGAGAAGUCUGGCGGCCAGGGAGCAGCUGAUCAGGGAGAAGGAGCACAGAGCUCGGCUACAGUACGAACGCACAGUGGAGGAGCGCUGGAGGCGGCUGGAGGAGCAGAGGCAGAAAGAAGAGCUCCGCAGAGCUGCCGUGGAGGAGAAGAGGAGGCAGCAGCUUGAGGAGGAGAGGGAGAGGCUGGAGGCCCUGAUGAAACGUUCUCUGGAGCGAAGCCUUCAGCUGGAGCAGAGGACCAAACGCUGGGGCAGAGGCUGCCCUACAGGACCAGGUGACAGUGAGAAUGUCCCACUCCCUUUCUCUGCUGCCUCCACCUUUUCCCAUGGCAUUUCCUCCCCCCUUCCUGCUGUCAGCGAAUCUGAGCCCUGCAGCCCUCACAGGUCACCUUUCUGCAACUCGCUAAACCCUGGGGAUCACAACAGAGCUGGACUUCAGGGAGGCUCCCAGUCCACUCCCAACACCCCCAAGCAUCUGCACAGAGACAGAAGAACUGCAUCUCCAGGUUGUGGAUCCCCUGUGAGAAGAUCUAAAUCCCCUGCUAAUAUCACCAAGCAUUUGGCUUCCCCUACUACCUCUAAGCUGACAUCUAAAAUGCGCAGCCAGUCUCCUAGCAAUCCACAUCAGUACCAUUACUCUCCUACAAGACAUUGUCCCGAUGUACAGACAGCAGAAGACAAGAAGGUGGAAAAACACUGCGAAGAAUCCAAAGAGGAGACCGCGGUGAAAAAGAUUACCAAAAACAACUGCGUGUAUCCAUCUUCACCAGCAAAGAAGAAUGUGGUCAACAUUGAAAUCAGUAAAAGCAGAUCACCUAAAGGUGAAACUUCUGAUAAGCAUCUCAAAGGCAACACCUCUGAAAAAAAUCGAUCCCUAGACAAGAAGGACCACAUGUAUCCUAAAGUGGAUUCCUCAGAGAAGAAGAUGCAGACGGAGGACAAGAAAAAAGAAUCAGCACCAUGCACAUCCGCGACGAAGGUGGCAGCUGGCACAAUAAAUGCGGAGGACGCUACCAGGUUGCUGACAGAGCGUAGGCGUCAGGCUCGAGCUCAGAAAGAACUGGAAGAUAAAAAACGGGAGCUUGAGAAAGAAGAAGGGCAAAGGGAAAAGCAGCUGAGCCAGCAACAGCAGGAGACAAAAGUUAUACAGGUGACGGAGAAGAAGCAAAAUGAAGAAGAUCCUCAGAGGCUGAAACAACACGAGGAAAACAAAGGAAAUAAUGAGAAACAAGAGAAAGAGCUAGAGACACAGAUGGACAAAGAGAAAGAAAAGAACAAAGUCCAGGUUCAAGAGGAUGCAGAGCGUCAGCGGCAAGACAGAGAGCUGCAGGCGCAACUGGAAGAGGAAGAGAGGCAACUAAGAAAAAAGAGAAUUGAAGAAAUCAUGAAGAGAACUAGGAAGGGUGAAGCUGAUUUAAAGAAGGAGGAGCAGAUGGAGACGAGACCAGUCUCGCCACCAGGUGAAGAAAAGCCUGUUCUAACUAAUGCUAAGGUGAUCGAGCAAACAGUCAAAAAGGUUGAGUUUGUGGUUCAAGAGCAGGUCACAGUGCAGGACAGCACGAAGGAAUGUGCCCUGGCGAAGAAGGAAGCAGCAGCACAGAUGGACAAUCAGAAGAGUUUGGUAGUUCAAAACAACACUCAUCAAGUGACACCAGUACACAAUGUUUCCGACAAGAGACCGGACACCAAACCAGUCAGCGAAGAGCAGGACAACCAACCUAAAGGCACGGAGGGCAGAGCUGAGGGGAAAGGGGUGGAAAUAAAUGUAAAUAAGCAGCAAAGAACAAACAUUAAAGCCGUAGACCAAAUAAAUAAAGAGCCGACAAAGCCGGCAGCAGAUACCAAAGUCAUCCAAAAGGGGGGCGGUGGUGGUGGUGGUGGUGGUGGUAUGAUGAAUGGAGCAGUGAAGGGUAAGGGAAGUGCCUCGCUUAGCACUCAUAUAAAGGCUGAGGUAAGCAAACAGUGUGUCUCAACAGCUGAUGGGAAGGCUAAAGGAGGGACCCAGGUGGAGGUCAUUAAAGCCUCUGUCACACCCGUGCUGGUGAAACACUUAUCCCCACCAGUCAUCAAGCUGGAGCCCCUAGAUGUGAAGGGUUCAGGGUCAUGUGAUGAGGUGCAGUCCAUGGAUGUCAGUCCAGCUUCAAAGGAGGAACUGAUUUCAAUCCCAGAGUUCUCACCAGUCAACGAAGUCCAGUACAGCAGUCUAAGCAACACCCGGGCUCUUGAAGAUUUAAUGGACCUGACAGGCAGCAUCACCUACCCUAAACUGUCCUCUGAGGGUAACAUUGGUGACUGUAACAAGAACCUCAUUGAGGGCGUAGUCAGUCCCAUGUCAGACUCAAAACACAUAGCGAUGUCACCCCAGUCCUCCAAUAAACUUAGCAUUAAGUAGUCGGUUAAUCUCUUUCUCGCUUGCCUUCUCUCUCUUCCAUCUGUCACACACACACACACGCACACACACACACACACUGUAUAUACGUUACAUGUUAAGUAUGUGCCCUUGUGUUGCUAUGUUUAUGGGAAUAGAGCCAUAGAGACUGACUUUAAAAACUGUAAACCAUGACUUGCAAUAUAAACAUAAUAUCUCCUAUAACUUAUCUAAUGACCCUGAAAAUGUGUCAUUUUGUUUAAUCUACUUGUUAUAAGACGUGUGUGUGUGUGCGUGUGCGUGUGUGUGAGAAAGAGCAUGUGGAAGAGGGUCAGGAACAGAAGGACAUGUGAGAUACUGACAAAAAAAGACAAAUAUCAGGGUUUUGAACAUUGUAAAAAUUUAGGAAAAACACAGUAUUGCUAAUGUACGUUAAGCAUCUUUCAUUUUCCCUGCACAGAUGCCUCACAGGGUCCCAGUUUAAUCCCAUCACUAAAGUAAUGAAGUCUGCACAGAGCAUUGAUGACUGCAUUUGUGGCCCUGCCUUCUCAGCGUUGCUUAAAGGCAUAACUGAAUUAGUAUUUCUUGUCCUUUCUAGGCAGUGUUAGUCUUGCAUGUGCUGAUGAUGAUUUAGCUGGAAUUGAACGAAUUUAUCUGGCAAACUAAUGUCCAGCAGAACUCUCACACUGUAGUCCUUCACCCUUCCUAACACAGCAAGGUCUCACCAUGGGAUUGUUCAUAAUUUCAUGGCACUGUAGAUGAUUUUCUUUAUUCUCUAACUGGGACGUUCUAACUGCAUGUGAGUGAGGAGGAUGACUCCAAAGCUGUCAAACUGAAUGUUACGCAGCAUCUAAAAACAUCAUCAGCUCAAAUAAUGGCACAUUACUACAUGUGUGUUACAUACUGGAGCGAAUGACGAACUUGGACUCUGCACAGUAACUGCAUUAAUACAAGCUUAUUUCCCUGGCAGGGCACCCACGUGUUAUGAAAAUACUGACAGCUGAGCAAAAGUUUUCUGAAGGUGUGCCUUGUGUAUGCAAAAGGUUUGCAUUAGAUGGGUGGAUGCAUUCAUUUACUUAUUAGACAUUCAGUAACAAAAAUUAUUUUU